AUGUCGGACCACGAUCACACCCAGGACGCACACCACGACACCGCCCACGAACUCCACCACCCGCCGCAGCCAGACGUCCUCCCUGGCGGCCCCGGUCCCGACGGCACCGAGAACCCCAUCUCCACCCCGAAGGAACGCUCCUCCCUCUCUCUCGACCAGCGCCGCGCCUUGCGCCGUUGGGCCAACGCGCAGACCAUCCGCCCGAGCCACAAGGCCUGCAUCGACUGGUUCUACAAUCAGUAUGGCCAGCACAUCUCCCAGUCCACAGUCUCCCACUCCCUGAGUCCAAAGUACUCCCGCCUCGAUGGCGACAACCCCCAGCUGAGCGGCUCGCGCUUGCGUUUUGGCAACUGGCCUGACGUCGAAAAGCUCGUCCUGCGCUGGUACCAGCAGGUCCAGGCUACCGGCCGCCAUCCGACCAACGAAGAGCUCGGCGAGAAGGCCAAAGCCAUCUUCACUGCCCUGCCCCGCUACAAGGAAGAAACGCCCCCCGAGUUCUCCCCCGGCUGGAUCCACCGCUUCAAAAAGCGCUAUGGCCUGCUCAUCCGGCGUCAGCGCCGCCAUGGUGACGGCGGCAUCAAUCCUGCUGAGGACAUUGGCUACCUCGCCGACUGCGUCCCGCGUCUGAUGGCCCUUUCCGCCGAUACCAGCCCCGCCGCCAUCCGCGAGGCCAUCCUCCGCUCCAUUGGCGUCGAGACGAGUCUCCAGGUCUGCGCUCUCGUGCGCGACGAGGUCCUGCGCCGCUUGAGCGGCGGCCCUGGCGGCGGCGCUUCCGCGAACCCGAUCUCUCCCUCUGCAACGGUACACACACCCGACCACCACAGCGCCGACACGAGCAUGGUUCCGCCCCCGGGCAACGACACCCCCAUGUAUGGCGACGAGGACCCAGACAUUGCGCUUCAGAACGCGCUGCGCCAGCUGCAGCAGGAGGAGGCUGAGGCCGAGGUUACGGCGGCGGCGGCAAGGGAGGAGCGGGAACAGCGUGAGCGCGCGCAGGGCACCGCGGCUGCCGCCCUCGCGACACCCGCCGUCCAGAGGGCCACAUCUACGGCCUCGCGGUUCAUCCCCUCGACUCCCGAGCUGAAUCUCACGCCCAUUAGGAAUGACGAUCCGGUCUCCGUCAACGAGCGGCCCUUGCGUUGUCCCUUCUGCGUGAAUCAGAGGAUGCUCCGGACCAUUAAGGAGGCAGUCGAGCACAUGUCUACUCACGUUGUUGUUUCUUGA